AUGUAUGUUCUGGAGAUCGCAAGACUAGACGGACACUCCGACCUCACUGCUGGAAGUGCUGUUAUGAAAGGACAAGUUUGGGAGGCAACUAGGCUGAAUGAGAGGAUGAGAUUUCUGAGGUAUCAAGGUGGAGAAUACUUUCGAGUACACGAAGACGGUGUUUAUCAAACUCCCGACGGAAGUGAAAGGUCAUUCUUCACAUUCCAUCUGUACCUGAAUGGCAAUGGUGGAAUCAGCGAUGCUGGAGACGACCAGGUACAGGGUGGCGCGACCACUUUCCAUUCUCAUAACAUGAUGCAGAGAUACGAAGUUCUGCCCAAGACAGGUCGAGUUUUGAUCUUCCAGCAUAGAAACCUGUGGCAUUCGGGUGACGAUGUAGUCCAAGGUGUAAAGUAUACCAUGAGAAGUGAUAUCUUGUAUAGGCGGGUAGAUAAGGCUCAGAAGGAGACUUGA